UGCCGCCGAGGGAGCCGCGGCCCGCGCCGGGGCCAUGGCGAAGCUGCUGAGCUGCGUCCUCGGCCCCCGGCUCUACAAGAUCUACCGAGAACGGGAGUCCGAGCGGACCCCGCCCGGCGUCCCGGAGACGCCGGCGUCCGGCGCCACCCCUUCUGCCAGCUCUUGGGAUUCCUACUAUCAGCCCCGGGCCCUGGAGAAGCAUGCCGACAGCAUCCUGGCACUGGCAUCAGUCUUCUGGUCCAUCUCGUAUUACUCCUCUCCCUUCGCCUUCUUCUACUUGUACAGGAAAGGUUACUUGAGUUUGUCCAAAGUGGUGCCCUUCUCUCACUACGCCGGGACCUUGGUUCUGUUGUUGGCAGGUGUGGCCUGUCUCCGAGGCAUUGGCCGCUGGACCAACCCCCAGUACCGGCAGUUCAUCACGAUCUUGGAAGCGACACACAGGGACCAGUCCUCCGAAAACAAGAGGCAGCUGGCCAACUACAACUUUGACUUCAGAAGCUGGCCCGUGGACUUCCACUGGGAAGAGGCCAGCAGCCGGAAGGAGUCCCGAGGGGGCCCUUCCCGCCGGGGGGUGGCCCUGCUCCGCCCAGAGCCCCUGCACCGGGGGGCAGCUGACACCCUCCUCAACCAAGUCAAGAAGCUACCUUGUCAGAUCACCAGCUACCUGGUGGCACACACGCUGGGGCGCCGCAUGCUGUACCCGGGCUCUGUGUACUUGCUCCAGAAGGCUCUCAUGCCCAUGCUCCUGCAGGGUCAAGCCCGGCUGGUAGAGGAGUAUAACGGGCGCCGGGCAAAGCUGCUGGCCUGCGACGGGACUGAGAUUGACACCAUGUUUGUGGACCGGCGGGGGACAGCCGAGCCCCAGGGACAGAAGCUGGUGAUCUGCUGCGAGGGAAACGCGGGCUUUUAUGAGGUGGGCUGCAUCUCCACACCGCUGGAAGCUGGAUAUUCAGUCCUGGGAUGGAACCAUCCUGGUUUUGCUGGCAGCACGGGGGUGCCGUUCCCACAGAAUGAGGCCAACGCCAUGGACGUGGUGGUCCAGUUUGCCAUCCACCGCCUGGGCUUCCAGCCCCAGGACAUUGUCGUCUAUGCCUGGUCUAUUGGUGGCUUCACGGCCACAUGGGCUGCCAUGUCCUACCCAGACAUCAGUGCCGUGAUCCUGGAUGCCUCCUUUGAUGACCUGGUGCCUUUGGCCUUGAAAGUCAUGCCGGACAGCUGGAGGGGCCUGGUGACCCGGACAGUGAGGCAGCACCUCAAUCUGAACAAUGCAGAGCAGCUGUGCCGGUACCAGGGCCCUGUGCUGCUGAUCCGCAGAACCAAGGACGAGAUUAUCACCACCACGGUUCCAGAGGACAUCAUGUCCAACCGAGGCAACGACCUACUGCUGAAGCUGCUGCAGCACCGGUACCCCCGCGUGAUGUCCGAGGAGGGCCUGCGAGUAGUGAGGCAGUGGCUGGAGGCUGCCUCGCAGCUAGAAGAAGCCUCCAUCUACAGCCGGUUGGAGGUAGAGGAGGAGUGGUGUCUGUCUGUCCUCCGCUCCUACCAGGCAGAACACGGGCCUGACUUUCCUUGGAGCGUGGGAGAGGACAUGAGUGCAGAGGGACGGCGGCAGCUCGCUCUGUUUCUGGCUCGGAAGCAUCUGCACAACUUCGAGGCCACACACUGCACCCCACUCCCGCCCCAGAACUUCCAGAUGCCCUGGCACCUCUAGGGAGCACGCUGGGACUCCUGCUGGAGGAUCGAUCGGGCCGGGGGGCAUGAGCAAGGACCCUCUGACUUGUUCCUCUGCGUUCAUGUUGCUGUUGAUAGUUUUGAAAGUGUGGGGGACCACCCCCUUCUCCCUCUCCCUUGUGCAUGUUUCCCCUUUCCACCCUCACCCUCAGCAAACCCUGCAUUAAGUGAAUGGAUUAUUCAUAAAUAAUAAAAAGGUAUUUUUUCUA